CGGACAUAAAAAUGUAAGAGCCAGUGAAGGACCCCAGCAGGAAUGUAAGCGAUGGCUUCUCGCCGCACUCUGAAAGCAGUGCUCAUUGACCUGAGUGGAACUCUUCAUAUUGAAGAUGCAGCAGUUCCAGGAGCACAAGAGGCUCUGACCAGGUUAAGACACGCUCCGGUCGCUGUGAAAUUUGUGACCAACACCACAAAGGAGUGUAAGAAGACCCUGUUUGAGCGUCUGCGCAUGCUGAACUUUGACCUCCAAGAGCAGGAGAUCUUCACAUCACUCACUGCAGCUCGUAAUCUAGUUGAGCAGAGAGCAGUGCGCCCCCUACUGCUGGUGGAAGAUAGUGCUCUGGAGGAUUUCACAGGUUUGGAGACAUCGGAUCCUAAUGCAGUUGUGAUAGGUUUAGCACCAGACCACUUCAACUACCAGAUGCUCAACAAAGCUUUCCGGUUAAUUUUAGAUGGUGCUCCUCUUAUUGCGAUCCAUAAAGCCAGAUACUACAAAAGGAAGGAUGGGUUGGCUUUGGGUCCGGGUCCGUUUGUGACGGGUCUUGAGUAUGCAACUGAUACACAGGCUACAGUGGUGGGUAAACCAGAGAAAGCCUUCUUCUUGGAGGCUUUACGUGAUCUGAACUGCUCACCGGAGGAGGCGGUGAUGAUCGGAGACGAUGCCAGAGAUGAUGUUGGUGGUGCACAGAUUACAGGAAUGCUGGGAAUAUUAGUAAAAACUGGUAAAUACAGACCUGGUGAUGAAGGUAAAAUUAACCCUCCACCUCUGUUGACCUGUGACAGCUUUCCAGAUGCUGUCAAUUAUAUACUUGAACACCUCUUAGGAUCUAAAUAAUCGAAAAACUGAUUUGAAGACAACACAAAACAUUAUAAAAUGAAUGGUACUUUUUAGGCCACAUCCACACUAAUACGUUUUCGUUUAAAAACGCAUUGAUUUCGCUACGUUUGAUCUUCUCAUCCACAAACGAUGAUUUUAGGAAACUGAAAAUGGUGUUUCCAAACAAGAAAACGGUUUAAUGUGGAUGUGCUUUUAGUUUGACCAUUGUUAGACUGUCCAUUAUUAAUAAUCAUGUUGACAUGAAAAUAUCUAUAGAAAUUGGAUUAAUCUGUGUUGCAUAAUAAAGUUCUUGCACUCCAUUUCAUUCUAAUUAUUCUGCAGUACACCUUCUUAUAGUUCUAAACAUUUGCUAAGGAAAGGAAGAGUAAAAGUGGUAUUUUAAGUCCAUAGCUGCAACCAGACCUGGGCCUGAUGGAAUACGAGCAACU